AUGGUGCGAUAUCGUGAACGAAUUACAAUGAAACCAGAUGACAAUAAAAUUAAUCUAGCGAUAGAAUUUGUCCGAGAAGGUUACAGUGUGCGAGGCGCAGCAAAACGUUUCGGAAUCCCACUACAAACUUUGCGCCAACGAUUAAAAGGAUGUAAAACAAAAAGUGAAGCACAUAUGGCUCAACGAGUAUUCAACUGCGAACAAGAACAGCAGCUCGAAGAAUAUUUGUUGAAGUCCGCUAAAUUGUUUUACGGCCUUUCGAUUCAUCAACUUCGAACACUUGCUUUUCAAUUUGCACAGAGACUGAAGGCAGCCAAAUCUAUUAAAAAAAUUCCUGCAAGUUGGUUUCCAAAAAAUGAUGAAAAACCAGCUGCUAGUAGAGAUUGGACUGAAGGUUUUAUGAAACGACAUCCCAAGUUGACUUUACGUUGUCCAGUAUCAACAUCGCUUGGUCGAGCGAUUGCGUUCAAUGCUCACAUCGUUCAAGAGUUUUUUGAUUUGUACGAAAAAAUCCGGCAAUCACAUCAAUACACAGCGGCGACAGUGUGGAAUAUGGAUGAAACAGGGCUAAAUACUGUGCAUAAAACGAAAUACGUUAUAGCUCAAAAAGGUCAGAGAUGUGUAUCAGCUAUCAGUUCAGGUGAACGCGGUACCAACGUGACUCUCACAAUGGCUGUUUCUGCCGCCGGCGAAAAAAUUCCACCAUUUUUCGUCUUUCCACGGGUUAAUAUGAAAGAUAAAUUCCUCCUGCACAGCAAUGAGGAUGCAAAGGGUGUUGCGAAUGGAUCAGGUUGGCAGACUGCUAACACUUUCUGUAAAUUUUUACUUCAUUUCAAACAACAUGCAAUUAAAGCAAGCACCAAAAGGACUUUGCUUAUUCUCGAUAAUCAUGAAUCGCAUAUGACCAUUGAAGCAUUGGAGUUUUGUAAGCAGAAUAAUAUUGACCUGUUGACGCUGCCUCCACACACCAGUCACAAACUACAGCCACUAGAUCGAGGUGUUUUCGGACCUUUAAAAUCAUAUUACGCAAACCAAUGCAAUGCCUGGAUGUUUAAUCAUCCCAGUGUUCCAAUUGCAAUUGAAAAUGUCGCUGAACUGGCUACAGAGCCAAUCCUCAAAGGUGCCUCGUCGGUGAAUAUUAUUAGUGGAUUCAGAGCAACGGGAAUUUGGCCAUUUAACAGGAACAUUUUUACAGAAGAUGAUUUCUUGGCCUCAACUGUGACUGAUCGCCCGUACGAAAACGUAGACAAAGCAUCAUUGUCUCAUCCCAUGUCACCUACGCUACCGCUUGAACCAGUAAUUCAAGAGCCAUCAAUUUCGAAUCCGAUGAGUCCUUUAAAUCAAGAACCUAUGCAAGUUGAUGUCAACCAAAUCUCAGUUGAAGUUAUUCGGCCGUUACCGAAAGCUGAAGCCCGAAAAGAAAGCAAUCGUGGUCGCAAGCGUCGUAAGGCUGCCAUUCUGAUUGAUCCAGAGAUGAUUGAGACCAUUCGUGUUGAACAAGAGGAAGUUGCUAAAAAAAAAGACGCCCUAUCUGUCAAGAAGAAGUUAGCUGCAGAAAGAAAAUUUGAUAAAGAGUUGUUAAAGCGACAAAAAGCUGCUGAGAAAACAAAUAAAGAAGCAAUAAUCAAGAUUGAACCAAAACGUAAACGCGGCCGUCCCUGUGUUGCUAAGGUUCCAAAAGACGAGGAAGAUGACGAAGUGAUUUUGAAAUACCAAACAAAGCGUCGCCGUUAA